AAUGGCAGUACCCUUCUCACCGACAAAACUCAAGUCCUACAGCGAUGGGUCGAGCACUUCAGAGGCGUCAUCAACCGUCCCUGCAACAUCUCCGACGCCGCCAUCGUCCGUUUGCCUCAGGUGCGGAGCAACGUCGACCUCGACCUCCCGCCCUCUCUACGUGAAAUCAGCAAGGCUGUGCAGCAGCUCUCAAGCUGGAAACGGCCUAGUAUGGAUACGAUGCCUUCUGAGAUCUACAAGCACGGUUGUCCCAACUCAUGAAUAAUCUGACUGCGCUCUUUCAAGAGAUGUGGCGCAAAGGAGUAUUCCCGCAGGAUUUCAAGUACGCCACAACCGUUCACCUCAACAAGCGCAAAAGGGAACCGCCAGAUCUGCGACAACUACCAACGCAUUUCCCUGUUGAACAUCGCUGGGAAGAUCUUCACUCUCAUCCUUCACAACUACCUGAACAAACAUCUGGAACUAGGUCUCUUUCCAAAAAAGCCAGUGCAGUCCGUCGUCGUCGGGAGACCACCGACAUAAUUUUUGCCAACCGCCAACUACAGAAGUGCCAGGAGAUGCAGAUCGACAUCUACUUAACCUUCGUGAAUCCGACAAAAGUCCUCGAUACGAUGAAUCGCGAAGGACUGUGGAAAUCAAGCAGAUAUCCAGCUGUCCCGAGCGAUGCACUCAGAUGGUGCGUCAGCUUGACGAUGGCAUGGUGGCGCGACUCACAAACAAUGGAGCUUUCUCCGAGGCAUUUUCAGCGACUAACGGAGUGAAGUGGUGCUGCGUCCUCGCGCCUACCCUCGUCGGUCUCAUGUUCAUGCUGAUGAAGGCCCACGGUGACGAACGUCCUGGAAUCCGCAUCGCCUUCAGGACGGAUGGUCACCUCCUCAAUCAACGGCGGACGCACUUCCAGUCGCGUGUAUCCACGAUUGUCGUUCAUGAACUUCUUUUCGACGACGACGACGACGACGACUACGCCAUCAACAAUCCCUUCAAAGAGACAUGCAAUGGAGCAUGGACCCCUUCGCUGUCGCCUGCAGCAACUUCGGCCAUGUCAUCAAUGUGGUGA